CUCAAAACCCUGACUAUAAAAGCAACCUUAAAGAAACAGUGUUUUCCCUGCUUCUUCCAUUUUCUUUCUCUCUCUCUCUCUCACUCGACAAAAUCCUCCCCAUGAAAUGGCUGAUCACUUUGAAGGUGCAAUCUCUCUCUCAAGAGAACUGUCUCACACCUCUGAUGACUCCUCCUCCGAGCAUAGCCCAAGAAGUGUCCCUACAUUCUCCACCACUCCUGUGUCCACCGACUCUCCAUCAAGGUUUGGUGGACCCUGCAACAAUACCUCUCCUGAUGAUCAGCACCACCAGCACAAGGACAUCAGAAUCCAAUCAGUUCAGGUUCAGAGAAAGCCAAGAGGUAGACCACCUGGCUCGAAAAACAGGCCCAAACCACCCAUUAUAAUCACCAAAGACUGCGAGUCCUCCAUGAAACCAGUCAUCCUCGAGAUCUCCGCUGGUUCUGAUAUAAUCGAAACUAUAAUCAACUUUGCUCGUAGAAACCAUGCGGGCAUAAGUGUUAUGAGUGCAAAUGGGUCUGUAUCUAAUGUUACUCUUAGCCACCCAGUUUCUCAUGCUCCUUCUCUAUCUUUACAUGGACCCUUUAACUUGCUUGCACUGUUUGGCUCUUUUGUUGGUUCUUUUGCAUCGAAUAAAGUACCAUGCGCUUCUUCCUCUUCUUCUCCUGGUUCUGUGUAUUCUUGCUCUUCUUUUGGGAUAUCUCUUGCAGGGGCACAAGGGCAGGUUUUUGGAGGGAUAGUGGCUGGAAAGGUGAUAGCUGCAAAUCAAGUUGUGGUGGUGGCUGCUACUUUCGUGAACCCUACGUUUCACAGGCUACCAUGUGAGAACGAUAAGGAUGAUCAAGAGACUAAACCUAGUAAUGUUGGUGGUGGUGGUUCCGCAAGUGAGUCUUGUUUUAGCACUGGCAUGUCCAUGACUGUUUAUGGCUUGGCUAAUCCAACCCCAGUCAAUUGCCAGAUGUCUCCUCCUGAUAUUGUGCACUGGCCUGGCCCUUCCUCGCGUCCAUCAUAUUAGCAGGAAUAAAAUGUUCAACUUUCCUGGGCAAGCAUUUAGGUGCAAAAUUGUGUUAGAUGACUUGCAGUAUGUGUUUCUUAGUUCUACAAAAUUGUGUAGGUGAUGUUUAUGAAAGUGAAAUUUAGUUGGAGAAUGUUAUUGCUAUGAUAAAGGCAACUAAAAUAGAAUUGUCUUUCUCUGGAUAGCUAGUUUUGUAAUAGUACUUUUAUUUUAUGUUGCCUGAUGUUUGUCGCGAAUUUUAGAUUACACCUCCUUAAUUUAUAUAAUAUCUAUGAAUCUUCUAUAUCGUUAUGAGCCCUUCCCUUUCCUUGGUUUGGUUUUAUUGUUUCAUUAAUGGCGUUUGUGUGUGUAUAUGUAUAUAUGCUUACAUUUCUCUUAAGAGUUGAUCCGGUUCACAUAGAUUGUUUGCAGGUUUCUUAGAAAUCCUGAUGAAGAAAGAGGGUGGCAUUGGCAGUGGUGCAGAACCCAGUCACGGUUUAGGCUACUGUUACCAUGUUGUUUUCUGCAACAAGUGACCUGACGCCAACGUAAUUAAUUAUAUCUUUGGGAAUUCAAUGUCAGGGGUCCAAUACCCUUGGUAAGGGUUCAAUUUCUCACCUUCUCCCAAGCAAUUAAAGCACACAGAUAUGCCUGAAUGGAAGCAAGAAACUCUAUCCAAAGCCUUCAACUGCAGGCUAGAAGAUAACUGUACUUCUAUUAUCAUGAUCUGGUGGCUUUCGUUACUGAGUCGUCUUUUCUUUCUUGUCAUGGUCAACAACCCAUUUGAUCUAUCUUCUUUUCACAUUACAACUGGUUAGGACUUAUCAAACCAUAACCUAACUAUCAUGAAUGUACUGAAAUGCAUGCGUAUAGAAUGCUGUACGUCUUCGAGCUAGGCUGGUUGGCUGACAAUGUUUUAAGUUCGAAAAAAAAAAGCUGAGAAUAUUUCUUUGAUUCUUAA